AUGCCUGGACGAGAUAUCAUCUCUUGGUGUAAGCUGAUUACAGGGUACGCACAAAAUGGGUUUGUUGAAAAAGCCUUGGAGGUAUUUAGGGAAAUGCAAUUGACAUGUGUAAAGCCAAACUCGACAACCUGUGCUAGCAUCCUCCCGGCUUGUGCCAAAAUGGGAGGUUUAGAACAGGGAUACGCACAAAAUGGGUUUGUUGAAAAGGCCUUGGAAAACUCACAAGCAAAUGCAAUCGAAAGGUGUAAAGCCAGACUCCGCAACCUUUGCUCGCAUCCUCCCAGCCCGCGCAAAAAUGGGGGUUUUGGAGCAAGGAUAUGCACAGAAUGGGUUGUGGAAGGAUGCUCUCAAAAUAUUUUUUUAAUGAAACAUUCUGGAACACACCCUGACCAUAGAAGCUUCACUUGUGUUUUAUUUGCAUGCAGCCAUGCAGGGGAAAGAGAGGAGAACGCAGCAAAUUCGUGUGGAACAGAUAUAGUAGACAGACAUGAGCGUGAGCGACAGGGUUGGGGUCGAACAGAAAAGAAAAAUGCAGAGAGGAGUGGGAAUAGGAGGCGACUGGGCUAA